CUAUUAAAUAAAUGAAAGAAUCUUAAUAAAUAAAACUGAUAUAAAAUGGGCAGAAAAGUUACAAUAGCAAGUUCCACCCUAAAUCAGUGGGCUUUGGACUUUGAAGGCAACAGAGAUCGAAUUCUUCAGUCGAUCUUAGAAGCUAAAGAAUAUGGUGCAAACUUUCGAACAGGACCAGAACUUGAAAUCAGUGGUUAUGACUGUGAAGAUCAUUUUCAUGAAAGCGACACAUUUUUGCACAGUUGGGAAGUUCUAGCGGAACUGCUAACUAAUCCCAUUUGCAAAGACAUGUUGAUAGAUGUUGGAAUGCCAGUUAUGCACAAAAACGUUGCGUACAACUGCCGCAUCAUAUUCCUGAAUCAAAAAAUAUUAUUAAUAAGGCCCAAAAAGGCAAUGUGUGAUGAUGGGAAUUAUAGGGAGUCCAGAUGGUUUAGCAGUUGGAAGAAAGAGAAGCAGAUCGAGAGUCACUAUUUACCCAGAAUUAUUACCAAAAUAACGGGACAAACGGAAGUUACAUUUGGUGAUGCAGUGAUUUCUACCAAAGACACAUGCAUAGGAUUUGAAAUCUGUGAAGAAUUGUGGUUUGCUAAAAGCACCCAUAUAGAUUUGUCUUUAGAUGGUGUUGAAAUUAUCUGUAACAGCUCAGGAAGUCAUACUGAAUUAAGAAAGGGAUAUGUAACAGUGGAUUUGGUGAAAAGUGCCACCAUGAAAGCUGGUGGCUGUUAUGUUUUCAGUAAUUUGAGGGGAUGUGGAGGUGAAAGGAUGUACUAUAAUGGUUUAUCUUCAAUUGCCUUAAAUGGAGAUAUAUUGUGUGUAGCCAAACAAUUUUCCCUUGAAGAAGUGGAGGUGAUAACAGCAACAAUUGAUUUGGAAGACAUUAGGACAUAUAGAAAUGCAAAAAGAGCACAUGCUCAUAUGGCAGGUGAUAGUAAAGCUUUCCCUCGCAUCAACGUCGACUUUUCAUUAUCACCAGAUCAUGAUGCAACCCUUCCAACAGCAAUGCCAAUGCAAUGGGUUAGUCUGCGACCAGAACAAGAAAUCGCCUUGGGCCCUGCUUGUUGGCUUUGGGAUUAUCUUCGAAGAUCGGGGCAAGGCGGUUUCUUUUUGCCUCUAAGUGGUGGAAUUGAUUCUUCUUCAACUGCACUCAUUGUGUAUUCAAUGUGCAGACAAAUUAUAGAUCUAAUUAAACAUGGAGAUGCUAAAGUAUUAUCAGAUUUGAGAAGAAUCACAGGUGAUCCAGAAUAUACUCCUAAGUCGGCUUCUGAAUUAUGCAACAGGUUUUUAGUUACUUGUUACAUGGGGACUGAAAAUUCUUCCAAAGAAACCAAACAAAGAGCAUCCUCUCUGGCUGCAUCAAUUGGAAGUUAUCAUAUGCAUAUUGUGAUAGACAAAGCUGUAAACGCAGUUUUAGAAAUCUUCAGCACCGUAACGGGAAUGUUUCCAAAAUUCGCAGUGAAUGGUGGUUGUCCAAGACAAAAUUUGGCACUACAAAAUAUCCAAGCCAGACUCAGAAUGGUUUUGAGUUAUUUGUUUGCACAAUUAGUUCUAUGGGUGCGAGGUAGGCCUGGAGGGCUGUUAGUUUUGGGAUCCGCGAAUGUGGAUGAAGCCUUGAGAGGGUAUAUGACGAAAUACGAUUGUUCAAGCGCCGAUAUUAAUCCGAUUGGCGGUAUUUCGAAGACGGAUUUAAGAAUGUUCAUGAACUACGCAAAAGAUGAAUUCGGCAUUCCGAUUAUAGGUGAAAUAAUUACCGCACCGCCAACAGCCGAAUUAGAACCUUUGAAGCAUGGCCAAUUGGCACAAACUGAUGAAGAGGAUAUGGGAAUGACAUAUGCAGAACUCAGUCAGUUUGGAAGGUUGAGAAAGAUAAAUAGGUGUGGGCCUUAUUCCAUGUAUUGUAAACUAGUUCAGACGUGGUCUAAGGAAUUAACUCCAAAGCAAGUAGCAGAAAAAGUGAAGCACUUCUUUAGAUGUUACGCCAUAAACAGGCAUAAAAUGACUGUUUUGACACCCUCUUAUCAUGCUGAAGCUUAUAGUCCUGAUGAUAAUAGAUUUGAUCACAGGCCAUUUUUGUAUAGAGCAAAUUGGUCCUGGCAAUUCCGAGCCAUUGACAAACAAGUCGAAUUUCAAACUGGUGUUAAACGAGGAAAUCAAACAAGCACAACACACUCUAAUAAAAGACCUGAAAAUAUCAGGACAGGAGUAACAGUUUAAAUUUACACACAUAAAAGAAAGGCUUAAAAUAAUAAAGAUUAGAACAUUAAGUUUUAAUUAUUUUAUUAAUUAUUAUUUUUAAUAAACAUUUUAAUAUAGAUA